AUGAUUGAGCGUUGGCACCGCACCUUCAAGGCGGCAAUUAUGUGCCAUAACACGCCGAACUGGGUGGAUGUCCUCCCCACUGUAUUACUCGGGUUACGCACCCAUUUACGGAUGGACACAAAAGCCUCGCCGGCCGAAUUCCUGUACGGUACGGUAUUACGGAUUCCGGGAGAAUUUUUCCUCCAGGAGGAUUUUUCACUGGAUCCUCAAAUUUUUGUAGGCGACUUUCGACAGCACAUGCGUCAGGUGAAGCCGGUACCCGUGGCACACCAUUAUAAAAAGCGCGUUUUCCAAUUUAAGGAAUUGUCGAAGUGUUCGCACAUCUUCCUCCGUAAGGACGCGGUUAAGAAACCAUUAGAGCGGCCUUAUUCGGGCCCCUUCAGGGUACUCGAAAGGACGUCGGAUAAGGUCUACAACAUUGAAAUAAACGGCAGAUCCACAGCCGUAUCAGUAGAGCGGCUCAAGCCAGCUCAUUUUAUACCGGACGACGUCUCAAUAAAUAACGAUUCGUCUAGAUCCGACGCGACGGACAAGCCUUCCACUUCGACAAGCGCUUCGUCCGAUACUUUAAAAACGUAUUCCGGUCCUAAGAAAAGAGUGCAAAUUAGACUGGAUAAAAAUACGACAUCCUCGCGUUGA